AUGCGGGCUGUUUUCUUGAGUUUACUUUGUACUCUGCUGUUGUUGGGGACGAUAUCGUCGGCUUGGCCAUGGGGAACCCCUGGGGCAGUUAUGGCCGGUGCCUCCUUGGAUAAGCGAGCGGAUAGCACCGACGGAACAACCACAGGAACCUCCGAUUCUACCGCAACAGGCUCCAGUGCCUCUCAGACUGGUACCGACACUGCCAGUGAGACUGCAACUGGCACGAACACAGGCACAAACACUCAGACGGGCACUGCAACGGGCACCGGUACGACAACUGGUACAGCAACGGGCACACAUACGGGAAAAACCAAGACAACUGCUACAACCUCCAUUUCCAUUGACCCUGCCGCUGCCGCCGGAGGCGUGUCCAUGAUCACCCCCGCUGCCGCAUCCACAACCUACUUCAAGAUCGGCCAGGAGGUGACAUUUGUGUGGAACUACACUUCUCUCUCAGUAACUCCUUCUGCGGUCAACGUCGUGGCUACAUGCAGUUUGAACGCGAUGAAAUAUACGCUCACUUCCAACAUGACCGUAGAGGAAACCGGAAGUGUGGUGUGGGAUACUGGGAAAUACAAGGCCUCGGCGACAGUUCCGUUGCUAACUGCUUCAUAUACACUCUUUGUCUAUGAUACCGACAAGGAAAUGGGCGACGUCGCCAGUGCGGGCCAUCUGAGCUCGCAAAAUGGGUUUCCCUUCUCGAUGUACAUUCCGCAGCCUUACACGCCAUUGAAUGAAUACCAUUGUGCCACAUGCAGUGGUGCAUUUUCUGAGACCAGUCGUCUGGCGCUCAAGUUCACCGUCGGUAUAGCUGUGAUUACGUUUGCCUCGUUCACCUGGUUUGCAGGCAGUGCUGGCGUGCUCGCCACUUAA